GGCUUCCCCUGAAUGAGGCUGGAGCGAGGGGGGAAGAAGACACAGAGAAAAGGCACAGCUGGCAAGAGCCCUCAACACUAACGAGAUGGUCGCAGAAGAUCCUGCAUAAACAAGAGGCUGAGGAGGCCAUCUCUGAGAGAGCAGGACCAUCGAGGACUUGGCCGAGUGCUCAGCGACAUGGAGUCGCAGAAGGACAUUACCACGUGGGAAUCCUUCCGUGCCAAGACCAAGCCCUUCCUGCAGAACUUAAAGAAAGGCAAAAUGUUGAGCAAGAGGAAAGAAGGGAAGAAGAGGCACCUUCUGGACCAGCGGAUGAGCGUGUCGGAGCCAGACAUGGUGCAAGUGGGCAAGACGUACAGUGAGAGCUGCUCCCGCGUAAUUGUCAAGACCUCUGCCAUCAACUACUUCAGCAGCCCGUCCACCCCGGUUAAGAAACGGGAUCAGGUCGUGGCGACGCAAAUUUCAGUCUCGCCAGGCCAGCCUCCGAAACCGGAGAACUCGUGUCCUGAAAAGGAAGCUUGCACACCCACGACAUUACCCGAGUUAGUCCAGGAAUCCAGCAGCAAUAGCGCUGAAGACCUGGUGGAACGCAGCUUCUAUCUUGGAAUGGAUGACAAAUAUGCGGAUGAUCUCAGUGAAAGCACUGACCUCGAAUCAUCGCAGAGUUCACAGUUCCUCGAACAGUCCUUCGAACACCAUGAAGAGCCAGGGCGAGAGCCUUCUGCGUGUGGUUUGCCCUCGUACCUCCUGACCAUCCAGUUGAAAGAGGGGCGGAAUCUGGUAAUCCGGGAUCGCUGUGGUACGAGUGAUCCUUAUGUCAAGUUCAAACUGGCUGGCAAAACGCUGUACAAGAGCAAGAUCAUGUACAAAAACUUAAACCCUCGAUGGGAUGAGACCUUUGUCAUACCAGUCAAGAACUUGAAUCAAAAGCUGUAUGUCAAGGUUUACGACCGAGAUUUGGCCACGGACGAUUUCAUGGGUUCUGCAUAUCUCAGUCUGAGUGAGCUUGAAGUGAACAGCACGGUACUGAAGCAAUUGCAGCUCGAUGAUCCAAAUAGCCUGGAGGAAGACAUGGGCGAGAUUAUCCUGGAGAUAAAACUUGCCAACAAACCGAGGGACAGCAGAAGAAAUGCUGGUCCAGUCAGGAAGAAGCGAGGGACGCAGACAAAGACUAGCUUCAUCCAGAAUAUCCGCCUGUCUGAGACCCUUCGGAAAAGCCAGUUGUGGGAUAGCAUUGUCACCAUCACUCUGUUUGAAGGAAAGGGGUUCAGAGAAGAUGCAGCAGAGGGAUGCUACGUCAAAUUCAGGCUGGGGGAGGAGAAGUACAAAAGUAAGGUUCUAUACAAAUGCACAAAUCCUCAGUGGAGAGAGCGGUUUGAUUUUCACCUGUUCAAUGACAGGACGAAUAUUUUGGAAGUUGAAGUCUGUGGGAAAGUCAACCAAAAACAGGAAGCAAGCUUUGGCAUGUGCAAAGUUAACCUUUUGACGUUACCCAAGGGACAGGCAAACUGUAAGGAGCUGCUGCUGGAAAAUGGACAGGGUUCUGUGGUUUUGUUGAUUACACUUAGAACGUGCAACGGGGUCUACAUCUCUGACCCCUGUGUCAGCCCACUGCAUGAUGAGACUGAGAGGCAGCAGAUUAUUCAGAGAUAUUGUUUGAGAAAUACCUUCCAGGAUAUGAGCGACAUUGGGUUCCUGCAAGUACACGUGGUAAAAGCUAGUAACUUGGCAGCAGCAGACUUUGCAGGGAAAAGUGAUCCAUUCUGUGUGCUGGAGCUGGGCAAUGAUAAGCUACAAACUCACACUGUGUAUAAGAACCUCAAUCCUGAAUGGAACAAAGUCUUCUCGUUUGACAUCAGGGACAUCCAUGAUGUCCUUGAGGUGACAGUCUUUGAUGAGGAUGGAGACAAGCCACCAGACUUCCUGGGCAAAGUUGCAAUACCCUUGCUUUCCAUCAAGAACGGUCAAGAGACUGCCUAUUUUUUGAAGAACAGAAAGCUGGGCCGACCAGAGAAAGGAGUUCUUUACUUACAGAUGGAUAUUAUCUACAACCCGAUUAAAGCAAGUAUCCGGACAUUUAAACCCAAAGAACCAAGAAAUCAAGAAGAAAAUGCCAAAUUUUCCAGAAAGACAUUAACGAGGAACGUUCGGCGUGUUCGGAAUAUCACCAGGGCGAUAUGGAAUACUUUGCAGUUCAUCCAGAGCUGCUUUGAAUGGCAUUCUCCCCAGAGAAGUUUAAUCGCCUUUCUGUUGUAUUUGGUGAUCGUCUGGACGUUUGAGAUGUACAUGAUCCCACUCGCCUUUUUGUUGCUUUUUGCCUGGAACUACAUUCAGAAAGCCAGAGGGAAAGUGGUCAGCCAGCACUACAUGGAGGAUUAUGACGUGGACAUUGAUGACGACGAUGAGGAGGAUGAAAAGGACUCUGAAAAAAAAGGCUUGAUAGGCAAGAUCCACAUGGUUCAAGACAUUGUUAUUACAGUCCAAAAUAUCCUGGACACAGCAGCAUCGUUUGGUGAAAGAAUCAAGAACACUUUCAACUGGUCAGUCCCGUUCCUUUCCAGACUUGCCUGUACUGUGCUUGCCGUCUGCACGCUCAUGUUAUACUUUGUCCCACUGAGGUAUAUCCUGCUGAUCUGGGGCAUACACAAAUUCACGAAGAAGCUAAGAAAUCCAUACGCCAUCGAUAAUAACGAGCUGCUUAACUUCCUCUCCAGAAUUCCAUCAGAUGUCCAAAAGGUGCAGCAUGCCGAGCUGAAAAUGAGCAAUGGCCUGACUCCUGUUAAGAAGAAAAAAGGCAAUUCAUAACUCGUGGAGUAAGUUGGAGGCGCUGAUAUCUUGAUUGUUCAGCUGAGAACUACAUUGAGAGCUCCCACUUUGAACUGUCCCCUGUCAAGCUUGAUGUCUGCGUGGGUCUGGGUGUCUAUCUUAUUCAGCCGAGGUCUAAAAAUGACUUUUGUUUCAUUCAGUGGAAAUAUGUGCAAUAUUUUGAGUUUGACAUAUGAUUUGAAUUUAAGAUAUUUGGGUCAAUUUGAGGUCUCUUACGCUAUUUUGCCUUCAGUGGCUAUUAUUUUGCCCCUUAUGUUCUGAAACCUUGGGAUCGGUCUGUGUUUAUGCUGCUUGUCAGUAUUCUGAUAGAGUGCCCACCUUUUGAUCACCCUGCAGAUUUUUGUUCUGUGAACUCAGGUGAGUUCUUUAAAAGAUGGCCUGACAUCAGUGCACCAAAUUCCAGCCCAAGUAGGAAAGGCAGCAACCUACUUCCCUCAUUGUGAACAUUUCAGGAAAAAAAGUCCACAUUAUCCUGUUUACUCUCUUGGUGUGACAUGAUUCUUUUUGAGUAAAUUUUAGACCAGUCUGUUUUUUUACCCCCUUUCUUCCAAACAGGCUAUCAAUUUGUUGAUCACCUGUUUUGUGCUGCUGCCAAAGACCAGUUUCACUCCCCGUUUGCUUUCCUGUUACAUUCCUGCUCAUUUCUUUUGCCUUAAUUCCUUUUGCUGCAUCUCUCCCUUUUAUCUAAAGUGUCAUGAACUAAGUUUUGGGCCCAUCAAUUCCACCUCACCGUGAACAAAGCUUCAAUUUAGAAUGGACGCAAUGGUUGGACUUUCUCUUGCUUUGAAAUCUUCCUGCGUCUUUCGCUGUAUAAAAGACAAGGUAUCGUACUGCGCCAGAUUAGAAGCUGCCAGCGUGAUUUCAGUGGCAAUUCUGUGGGUUUGUGUCAAGUCUGGAACUCUUGCAUACUGGCUGUGGUCAGAUGGGAACCAUAGGUACAUUAAUUUAUGCUGCUACCAAUUUCAAACCCUGCCUAGUUUCCCUGAUCUCCUCCUGCUCAUUUCUUUUUAACCAGUCCAUCCAGUGCAUUCCAUAGAUGGACUCGGAAUGAUCCAUACCCCCAGAAGAUCACCACGCAUUCAGAGCCUGGACAGGAGAGCCAUUAGGAACAAAAUGUAGAAAUCAGUAACCAUGUUACAGAGGGGCAUUUGGAAAAGCACCAGUGAGGAGUUGGAACGACAGAUAUGUGGAACAGAAUCGCAACACACUGGUAUCUUCAGGCUUUGCUCAGUACCAUGUGCAAUUCCAUCAGCUUCAAAAGUAACUCCAUUGCAUUGAAUUUCUUAAACAGCAGAGGAGCAAAGAUAGAAUAUGAAGCGUUAGCAUUUUUUCUUCUUUGUGCAUAGGAUGUGGGCGUUACUAGUUGUCUAUCCCUAAUUCUCCAUUGGUCAGUUAGGAUUAAGCCACAUUUCCAUGGUUCUAGAGUCAUAUGUAGGCCAGACCAGGUAAAUAUGGCAGAUUUUCAUCCCCAAAGGACACUAAUCAGGGGUUUUACAAGUGACAGUGGUUACCAUUAGGCUAUUUUUAAAUCCCAGAUUAUUUCAUUAAAUUUGUAUUUUGUCACUUGGCAUGAUGGGAUUCAGUGUCCCGAGAGCAUUAUCUUUGGGUUUUGGCUUAUUCGUCUGAAUUACUAAGACAUUACCACUAUGUCACUUCCAACUGUUUCUAAUUACAUUUUCUUAAAUCUGCUUAAACAGUUCUGUCCAGGAAUCUGCAGUUUGUUACAUUAGCAACUGCAUUGGGUAACUUACCAGUGCUUUAGUUUUCAAACACCAUACAAGAGCUCUGCAGAACCUUUGUGGAUGAAGUGUAUAGUUGGUCAUACUGAUGGCUGCCUUAACCAUUCAGUUCCUCACUUUCUGAAUGAAUGAAUUCUGAAGCCAGGGGUCUUACAGCUGUGAAUAGGAAUUGAGUUGCCAAGCGGCUGUUAACUAAUGAUUUACAAGCUAUUUAUUUGCAUUAUAAACAUUUUUUUGCUCUUGGUUACAAGACUGUUUGAAGUGUCUGAAGAAUGUUUGGUUAACAUAGACACUCUUAAGUAAGGUUCUUGGCUCCAGUUCUGUAAGGGAAAGGAAAGGUUUCCAAAUGGAAUGACAGAAAAAGAGUAGCAGAGAUGCUGUGGCUGUUUGUAUAGGUGUCUAUUUAAAAAGUCAACCUCCUCGCUCUCACUUUAAAAGGGCAGUAUGGAUUUGUUCUGCACUCUGGUUUUAACUCCUGCCUGGCAGGAACUGAUUGAGACAGUCUCACAAGGCUGGUAGUUGAAAUGGGGGCAGUCACUUUGCUUCUGUGACUCUGCUGUCUUCCCAUCAUGUCUCUAUAUUAGCCCUGCCUGGUAGAGGAUGUGAGCGGGACACCAAGGAAACAGGAGUCCUGCAAUGCACUUCAGGUCACAGUGGGGUCACCAUUGCAAAACAUUUGCCAUCUUUUAUCUAAAUGGCACUUCAGACUGUUUGCUAUGCCCAGUGUUUGCUGUCCAUAUAUUGACAGAAGAAACCCCAUUUCCUUUUCCAUUUUUGGAACUUGGUGGGGAAUUAAACUUGGACAAUAUAAGUGUUGAAACCUAAGAGUUACUAUCUCAAGAAGCUCAGAGUUUAUAGAGUGAUUAUCACAGAAAUGUUUCAGUACAGCAUGAGGCAAUUCUGGUCCAUGUGUCUGUACUGAGUAUUUUAGCUCAGUGCCAGCCUUCUGUCUUUUCUUUGAACACUGUUUCUGUGUAAAUAACCAUCUGAUGCCCUCUCGAGUGCCUCAUUUGAAUCUGUCUCCACUACAUUUCCAGGUAAUGCAUUCCAGACUGUAACUACUUGCUUUGAGAAAAAUGUUUUUCCUCACUCAGUCUUUUGCAAAACACUUUGAAACUGUGCUGUCUGGCCCUUGAGCCAUUUGCAAAUGAGAACGGUUUCUCCCUAUCCACUCUAUCCAGUUUUCACCACAUAAUUUCUUUGAAAACAUCUAUCAAAUCUCUUAUUAGCAUUCUCCUCUCCAUGAAAAAUACUCUCAACCUCUCCAAUUUUUCCUCAUAACUGAAGUUUUCCAUCGCUAGAACCACUCUUGUAAAACUUUAUAUUCUGUCAAUGAAUUCACAUUCUUCUGAUAGUGGGGACCCAAACUCAGCACAGUACUCUCUGUGAGGUCAUAGAGUCACAGAGAUGACCUGCACGGAAACAGACCCUUCGGACCAACUCGUCCAGGCCGACCAGAUAUUCAAAAUUAAUCUAGUCACAUUUGCCAGCCUUUGGCCCUUUGGCUGGGUUCGAUUCCAGCCUCGGGCAACUGUCUGUAUGGAGUUUGCACAUUCUCCCUGUGUCUGUGUGGUUUUCAUCCACGUGCUCUGGUUUCCUCCCACAAUCCAAAGAUGUGCAGGUUAGAUGAAUUGACCAUGCUAAAUUGCCGAUAGUGUUCAAGGAUGUGUAGACUAGGUGCAUUUGUCAGGGGUAAAUGUAGAGUAAUAGGGUAGGGGAAUGCUCUUCAGAGGGUCGGUCUGGACUUUUUUGACCGAAGGGCUUGUUUCCACACUGUAAGGAUUCUAAGAUCACCCCUUAGCCUCUGACACUCCAGAGAAAACAGACCCAGCCUAUUCAGCCUCUCCCUAUCGUUUAAACCCUCCAACUAUGGCAAAACCCUUGUAAAUGUAUUCUGAAUCAUUUCAAGUUUAACAAUGUCUUUCCUAUAGCAGGGAGACCAGAAUUGAAUGCAGCAUUCUAAAAGUGGCCUAACCAAUCUCCUGUACAGUUGCAACAUGAUCUCUCAACUCCUAUACUCUCAGCACUGACCAAUAAAGGCAAAUGUCUUCUUCACAAACCUGUCUACCUGUGACUCUACUUUCAAGAAACUAUGAAUCUGCGUCCCAAGGUCUCUUUGUUUGGCAACACUCCUCAAGACCUUACCAUUAGGUGUGUAAGUUUUGCCCCAAAACGGUGUUUUCUAUCAGUUCACCAGAGCCUUCCUGUUCAUGAACAAUAUGCACUUACUUAUGCAGCCUAGGGGAAUCGAUGCUUUAUCAACUGUUCUAUGUACCUAUUCUGCUAUCUUUAAUGGUUUACAUAUACAUGCAUCCAGCUCUCUCCGCUCCUGCACACCCUUUGGAAUAGUAAACUUUUACUUUAUACUUUCUCCAUGUACUUUGUAGCAAACCAUAUCACUUCAUACUUUUCUGCUUUGGACUUCAUCUGCUACCCAUCAGCCCAUUACACCAACUUGUCAAUGUCCUUUUGGAAGUAUACACUGACAUUCACACAGAUUACAAUUUGAGUCUAGCCACUGCUCGAGGUCUGAAGACCCAGAGUUUAACUUUGUGUAGCUGAUGACAUUUCCUGCAUAUAGGCAUUCCACUUGGUCAAGCUGCCCUACUGUAACUUAAUUUUACCAUUUUGUAGUAAUAUUAAGUAAAACUGAAGAUUUGCAGAAAGUACAACAUUCUUUGUAAUUUAAAACAAAAACUCUUGAAAACAAAACUCUUGGAAAUUUGAACAGUGUUGAACAGUAAUUUCACAACAACCAAUUAACUCUUAGCUAUCUGUGACAUUCGCUCCUUUCCCCUCUCUCCUGCUGUUUAAGGUUUGGUGAUUGUCUCUGGAUCCUCUUACGCUCCCAUUGUGCUCAGCUGAAGCAUAGUGGGUUCAGGCCAGGAACCUAUUUUAUCUUCUACUCCAUUGACCUCACACAGGGUACACUCAUUAGCUACACCCAGAGUAAAGAUUCAACUCCCUUUACAGUCACAAGUUUGAAAGCCAGCCAACUCUUCAUUAUUCAGUUGGAUAACAGUAAGCCAAAUUAUCAUCUCUCUGUAGUUUCAUAAGGAGAAUUAAAAUAAUUCAGAGCAAAUGAGGAAAAAAAUGCUUUCAAAAUACUUUUGGGUGAUUUCUACCCCAUGUUUUGCUUGCAGCAAUGCCAUGAAGGUCAUUGUUGAACUCCUGGAGAUCCCAAGACCACCGCAGAAAGAUUAGCAAUCUGCAAGCAUUGUAUAAGGCUCUUGAUCAGGUAUCGUGUUAAUCUGAGCAUCUGCUUCCUGUUUCAUAUCCCUCCAUGCCUGACCUCUCCCUAGCUAAAUUCCUCCAAACCCAAAACCCUCUGAACUAACUACUGUCAUCUAAUUCUGGACUCUGGUACAUGUUGGGCAUUAAGCGCUUUAAAUUAAUGGCUGUGGGGCUCAAAAUCUGGAAUAUAUUUCCUCCACCCCGCUAUCGCUCGUUAUCUCCUUUAACAUUUGAUGUGUUAAUGAUUCCAAACCAGACAGUCAGUGUAUCUUUAAGGGAGUUACUUAACAUCGCAACAUGUGUCACUCUAGUAUAACAGUCCUUGUUUUCAAUCACUCUCAGUGCAAUGGAGUCAGCGUAGUGUGUUCAGUCAGUCAAUUAUUUAUGUGUAUAUGUAAUAUACAAGUAAUAGUCAGUAAACAACCUGUGUAAAUUUGAAAUAUCAUACAAGUGUAAAUAGUUAGUGUUGUUAAUAAACUUGAAGACAUUUGCCUCAAUAUAAUCCAGUCUUUGUUAUAUGUUGUGUGAGCUCAUAUAUAGGGAAGCACUUGGACUAUAUCAAACUGGCAGCAAUGUUUGACCCAAAAAAACCUUUUUGUUGAUCUAAUAACUCCUUCUGCGAUUCAGAAUCAUAUUUUAUUUCAUUCCAUUCCCGUGAAUCGCUUUGAUAUAUUUAGUUGUGUUAAACAUGCUUUUGUACUUACAAGUGGUGUUGUUUUCCAUUUUCACUUGAAUUUUGCAGUUAUAAAAAAUGAGGGUGAAGUGGUGGUUUGACUGACUGCCACUCAGGUAGAUAAUGAAGAGUUGGGUUGUUGGUGGAAAGGCGAAGCACAUAUUGAUGAAUGUUUUGGCAGUUCAGAGGCAGGUGUGUUGGAAAAAGGUCACUGGGCACACUCAUCGCUUGAUAACUCACAUUUAAAUACCCUCAUGAUCAGGUCUCACUGGAGCUGAAACAUUUGAACAAAAGAACAUUAAAAGUCACACUAUCAAUAGGUUCAUUUUUGACCUUGCAAGGUAACCAGCUACCAUACCUCAGUCUUUCUAGAAGAUAUUAUGUAGUUCUUAAAGAAAAAUUGAACAUCAAGUUAUUCAACAGUAGUGGAUGGACAGUGGUUAAAUUGAUUAUUUUUGUGAUGAAUCAGUUCUUAAAUGUAUUACCUAAUCCACAUCAUAUUACCACUAUUAAAUAUCCUAGAGAGUAUCUCCUAUAAUAAAGUUUCUAAAAAUAAACUACACUUUAAAACUCUGUCUGAUUUAAUCAGUGUAAACUUUCUCGUUUACACUAUGCAAUUGAAUGAGUGGAAAUGCAGAAGGUGAAAUUGUUCUACAGACAAAGGGGUAUUUCGAAGCAUGGUCAU